AUGUCAAACAACCUGAGGAGCAGCUGCUUCACACUUGAGCAACCAGACUUUUUACCAGACAAAAACCACCCACGUUCACUUACGCAAGAAAACAAACUCGACAUGACGGGGAGAAAGCCACUGCCCAAGAUGAACAAAAGCAUGAACAGAACUACAAUGGCCACUGUCACUCAUUAUGAAGAUAACGAGCCAAUGGAACAAAUUGAAGAUGAAUGGAAAAAUGACACAACCACUUCGUGGGUAACUGUUAAGAAAAACAAAAGAAUUCAAAUGAAAUUGAACUUCAUUAUGGACCGGUCGUGUAAAGUGAAACAAGACUUGAGAGCAAAGAGAAACGUCUUGAUGUCUGAAUUGCGUAAAGUGCCGGGUCUUAUCAUCAACGAAUUGAUUCAAUAUUACUACGAACCGCACCACCACGACUUGGCAACAGCAACCGAAGAUUUCGAUUUGUAUGAGAAGAUGAAGACGUUUCAAAUGGAAGAUAAACAUCGAACGCAUUAUAAACAGGUGGUCAAUGAAUUGAUCAACACAGAGAAGUCGUACAUUCAAGGACUCGAUAUCAUCAUUACUGUGUAUUUGGACACGUUAAUCUCUUCAUCGAAGAAAAUGGCGAAAGAACUCACACCAAUCAGAGAGCAAAUUGAUGAAAUACAAAAAUCACAUAAUAAGUUCCUUGCGGACUUAAACGGAUCGCUUGUGACAAACCCCGAGUGUCCUCUUAUCGGUGAUAUCAUCGUCAAAUUUUCUCCUUCCCUUGAAAAUAGUGCGAAAUAUAUUUUUAAUUACCCAACGUACUUAGAAAAGAUCACCUCGUUCAUGGAUACCUCCGCUUUAACCCUCACCGCUAAAGUUGCCGACGGGUAUAAAAAGUCACACGGCGAUUGUCAUGUCCAAAGCAUCCAACAGUACUUGAUCACCCCAAUUCAGAGAACACCGCGGUAUGUCAUGUUGAUCACCGAUUUACUCAAGAACAUUUCAAUGUCAUUUGGUGAUGCGCCACGACUUGUUGAAGCCCAUAAAGUCAUUAAAAAGGUAGCCACGACAAUUAAUGAGAAGGGGCAUGAAUACGAGGCUGACGAGAGGAUGCAAUAUGUCAAAUCUUUACUGACAGGGUUUAUGUUGAAAGAGGUGAAGCGAGAGUUUUUGUGUUGUGGGCCGAUGUAUGUAGUGACGAAUCGCGUCUCACUUCAAACGGUCUGGAAGUACUUCUUCUUGUUUUCUGAUGUCCUUGUAGUGACUGAGAUCACGUCACUUGAUGGCAAACCAAUCCGAGCUCGAUCAGAAACCCUCUUUGAGUCGUUACUUAGAAUUCCCGAGUUAAAGGAUUUACACGACGCCAAAUUUGAAGUUGAACAAGUCAUUCGUUUUUAUGACGACACUAUAGUAGAAGUGGAAGAUGAUACUAAGUUUGUGUAUAACAUGUUCUCUAUUAAAGAAAGUAACAACGACCUUCUCUCCGAAACAAUCACUCUUUCUUCUUCGAUUAGCGAUUGCUCUAUUGCUUGGUUCACUGCUAUCAAGUCUGCUCUUGCUCACCUUUCUCUAAAAUAA